AUGGCGAAGCAACCGAGCCACGACGUCGUUUCCGAUCUGGUCGACUUUCUCAACGCUUCUCCCACGGCUUUCCACGCCGUCGAUGAGGCCAAGAGGCGUUUGCAGAGCGCCGGGUUCCACCAACUUUCCGAGAGGGAACUGUGGGAACUGCAACCUGGCAACAAGUACUUCUUCACCAGAAACCACUCCACCAUUGUCGCAUUCGCCAUCGGCAAAAAGUACGUUGCUGGAAAUGGGUUCUACAUAAUUGGGGCUCACACGGAUAGUCCCUGUCUCAAACUCAAGCCUGUCUCCAAGGACAUUGCGAAGCUUAUGGGUUCGGGGGAGAGAGUAUUAUCUGUUCUAGAAGGAGCUUUGCUCUGGGAUUUCUAG